CGAACGAUGCAGUCGUUACAAAAACUCGGUCUGGCUCUGACCUUAGUGCUAAUUUUGUGCCUCACCAAGAGUCUUGCGGAAUCAAAUAGAUGGAGAAAGUCGGUGCAACUGAAUCUGCACAGGGAAAAGAAUCACACCAAAAUUUUGAGGAGUUUCGAAAACCAAAAGUUGAGACUUAAGGAAAAACUAGACCCAACCACAGAUACAACUUUGACCUCGCUAUCUGUAUCCGAAACAUCUGGGGCAAAAGACAACUUGAUUAAUUCUCAUAAUACGGAGUACUAUGUAACAGCUGAUUUUGGCACCCCCAAAACUCAGAAGGUCACCCUUCUUCUAGACACGGCUUCAGCAAAUCUAUUGGUUUAUUCUUCGAAAUUUGUGAAAGCAUCCUGUUCGCAACACAAUGGUUACAACUCUAGUGAAUCCCUUACAUAUCAAGCCAAUGGAACUGCCUUUCAAAUACAGUUCGCAUCGCAGGACGUUCUGACGGGAAUCCUAUCCACGGAUACCUUUACAUUAGGCGACUUGGCUGUUAAGAAUCAGACCUUCGCUGAAAUAAAUACAGCGCCUCAAAGCUUGUGUAAACGCUCGAAUUUCGAUGGUAUCCUUGGAUUAGGACUUCCGGAGAUAGCGCUUGAUGGGGUGACGACCCCUCUGGAAAAUAUUGUGGAUCAAGGACUCAUCAAUGAACCCAUUUUUUCCUUCUUCGUCAACCGAAAUGCUUCGGAUGCGAGUAAUGGUGGUGUGCUGCUGCUUGGAGGAUCGGAUCCCACACUUUAUAGAGGAUGUCUGACGUAUGUACCACUUUCCAAAGUGGCCUUUUGGCAGAUCACCGUGGGCCAGGUUAAGAUAGGAGGUAAAAAACUAUGUUCCAACUGCCAGGCCAUCUUCGAUGUUGGAACCUCUUUGAUAAUUGUUCCGUGCAAGGCUCUUAAAAUCAUAAACCAAAAAUUGGGUCUUAAGAAAACUGAUUUAAAAAAUGGAGUCCAUAUAAUUGACUGCAGUAAGGUCUCUAGUCUGCCGAAUAUCGUCCUGAAUAUUGGAUGGAAGGACUUUACCUUGACCCCGUCCGACUACAUUCUGAACUACACUGGAACCUGCGUAUCUGGUUUUUCGAGCCUCUCUGACUGCAGUGCAGAUCAAACUAAAACCAAUGAUGAUGGCGAGGAUUUGAAUGAGAUAUGGGUGUUCGGCGAUGUGUUCUUCGGGGCCUUCUAUAUACUUUUCGAUUUUGGCUUCAAACUCAUCGGCAUAGCUCCGAAAGUGUAAACUUUUUACACAGUUUCUAGUUCCUAAGAAAAUUUAUGAAGGUACUUCUUUUCGUUUUGGAAAUAUUAUUAUUUGGUGGUGGGCAAGCAUUUCUCAGCAAUGUACAAAAUAUAAUCGAUUUUUAUAUGAAAUAUUUAAAAUAGUUUUAAGGCGAUUUAAU